AUGGCCAAGAAGGAUGUUGCCAGCUUCCCUCGGGCAGACACGGAUAUCAUCAAAUCAGAAGACAUGAUUGCUGCUCUUCCGGUGCCGAGAUCCAGCUCAGAGGUGAUAAAGCCUUCCGAGCUCUUUUUGGACCUCAUGAUGUUGGAUCCCUUGAAGACCAAAGAAGUCUCUGAGACGGCCAAGCCUUCGACAGCACCACGGGCCGAGGCCUCGCCGAAGCACCUGCCGCCUGCCUGCAGUGCGCCUCCGGUGACCCAACCUGUGAUCGCCUCAGCGUUGCCAGCUGCACAGGGACCUUCACUAGCGAGUCAAAUGGUGGCGAAUGCCACUGCAGCAACAGCUUCAAUGCCGUUUUGCCAAGCUGCUCCCUUCUAUUCGAUACCAGAGGGUCCCAGGAUAUCUCCUGCACCUGUUGUCUCAGGUGGCUAUGGCUACACCAUGGUGGUAAAUGGGAGGGAAUUCUCUAUGCGUCCACAGUAUAACGUCGUGCAGAUGUCGCAGUCCACACAAUUGCCACCUGCGCAGCCACUGUAUUCAAAGGCGCUUGCAGCCACUACUUCGUCUUACAGCCAACCCAGUGUGCAGGGAGCAGUAGCUGACGGAGCAGCGGGAGUGCAAUCGGUGAACCAAACCAAAUCGCUGCCAAGUCGAACUUAUACGACACAGGUGGUCGUCACACCCCCGGCUCAAGCUUCCAUGGCACUACCGGUCAGGUCCCCUGCGACAAGUAGCAGGAUCACUGGCAGUGUCCAGGUAAGGCCCAGCCGGCCCAGCCAGCCCAGCCAAUGGGCUGCUAGUCCAGGUGCCUUUGCAGUGACCAGAAUAGCUUCGAACGCUGCAUAUCCGCUGCAAACCACCGUCGCUCCACGUCCGACAGUAUCGAUGCUUCUACCGGCGCGCACGGCGCCAACGGCGCCAUGGCCGCUACGACCAGCGGGACCAGCGGCAACGGCACCCCAGCCAUGGCCCAUGGCCAUGCCGUUCGAUGGGCGGACAGCCAUGCCUCUGGCGACUCCACAGAGAUUCGGCGUCCCCUGUCCCUCGCCGGGCGCGAUAGUUAUGCCACCUGUGAGGUCUCCCAGCCAAGGCCACAGCAUGGCUCAAACUGUCGCAAUGAAUGCCCAAGCGCGCUUUCCGCUUCCAAUCUGA